GGAUUUGGGAGUAAUCAGUUCCAAGUUUACACCCAUGAUAGGAGGGCCCAAAAUUAAGCCCAAAGAAACUCGACCCGUCUUCCUUGAUUAUCCAAAGGAUAAGAUAUACAGUGUCUACACCAGUGAUCCAAAGCAGCAGCAACAACAAUGGCAGCAGCUUCUUCUCUCUCCACUUUCUCUUCUCUCUCUCUAUCUUCCCCAUCCCGUUUCUCUAACUUUACAUCCCAACCCAAUCAUACAUUCUUCACCUCAAAAACCACCCACCCACCCUUCCACCUCCUCUUAAACCCAAAAAAAUUCAACCCCAUUAAGCUCAAUUCCACACCUGCCGAAACUAUUUUCUAUGACAACUCAGACCCUGAAGAAAUCUCCACUUUUGACCCCCCAGAAUGCCCCGAAGACUUCAUUGAACCGCCCUCUUUCGACGAGGGGACAAUGGAGUCGGAAGAGGAGAUUGCGAAGGCGUAUGAGGAGCUUUACGGGUCUGCGUAUAGUGGGGAGACGUUUCUGGGGAAUGAUGUAUACGUGAUGGAUGCGAAAGUGAAGAAGACGAGUGGGUUUGGGAAAGCGAAGAAGGAGAAGGCGAAGGACGGGUUUGAUGAGAGAGUGGUGCAGGUUAGGAGGGUGACGAAGGUUGUGAAAGGGGGGAAGCAGCUGCAUUUUAGAGCGAUUGUGGUUGUGGGUGAUAAGAAAGGGCAAGUUGGUGUUGGAGUUGGGAAGGCGAAGGAGGUGAUUGCUGCUGUCCAGAAGUCUGCCGUCAAUGCGAGGAGGAAUUUGAUCACUGUGCCUAUGACGAAGUACCUCACUUUCCCACACAGGUCGGAGGGAGAUUUUGGAGCUGCAAGGGUGAUGCUUAGACCUGCAGCCCCUGGUACUGGUGUGAUUGCUGGUGGGGCUGUGCGUAUCGUUCUCGAGAUGGCCGGUGUGGAGAAUGCUCUGGGGAAACAGCUUGGGAGUAACAAUGCCCUCAACAAUGCAAGGGCCACUGUUGUUGCUGUCCAGAAGAUGAGACAAUUCAGUGAAGUUGCUCAAGAACGAGGCAUUCCCAUGGAAGAACUGUGGAAAUGAACACCUUCCUUCAUGUUAUUUUGAUUUGUAUUCUUCAAGAUUUUUGUAGAGGAAAAAUGUUUCAACUGGGAUAGCUGCAGAUCCUAAUUUUUCUUCUAGUGUUAAUUUGUUAAUCGUGUAAAUUUCAAAUGCAGACUUGUCAAACAGGAUACUUCUGUAUAAUUCACAACUUCACGAUAGUUUGUCUA